GUUUCGAGAUUUCAGGUUUUGAUUGAGAUUUCAGUCGUCGGGCGGGCUCGGUGGAGCUCACAACCUGGAAAUGUGUAUCGGUUUUGGAUCAUUUGUAUAAACAUGCCGGAAUGUAAACAUUUGUGCUAAUAUUUGCUCAUUUUAUAAGGGAAUUCACCGAGCUACAUACUAUAUAUAAAUAUAUAUGUAUCUCUGAAUAGCAAUAAAUAAGGGGUGCACUACCACCAGUUGCGUAAAUCGACGUUUUCGUGUUAUAUAUUAACUUCCAAGUUUAUCAACAGACGUUCGCCUCACAAGUUAUCCAUAGGACUUAAUAAAUAAUGGCUAACAAUAAUGGCCAACGACGAAGAGGAAAACCUCGAAUUAAGGAUAAAGUCAACCAUGACACCUUCCCCGCAAUCCUUGGCAGGAUAAUGCUGGAUACCAAUACCCCCCAAGAACCACCCACGGAUUAUAUCAGGAGCUAUACAAAGGUCCUGUGCUUCCUUUAUAUUGAGAAGCCAGCUGCCCGGAAGCGGGUCUAUCACAUGUUUGUAUCAACAGACAAGGAUUCCGAAAAGGAUUACGAUGAACUGCGGAGAGCAUACCAAAAUCGGAAGGACUUGAAGAUAGCCAACCAACUAACCGAGAACACUCUCUGCGCCCGCACUUUAUUUGAAAGGGUUCGGGAAUUAUUCAGCGACGCCAAGUGGAACAAACAAGGGAAUGUCUUCGAGUUGGAUAUGACAGCGGAGACCAGUGUCUGGGCCUUGACAAGGAAAAUAAAUAAAAUGAGCGCAGAAGAACAUGAAAAACUAUUCAAUUUUAUACGCUUUUUAUGCAAUUAAAACUGAAUUGUUUGCUAUUCUACUAUGAUAUUGUUCUUUAUGUAUUAUCUACCCUAACCAUGAAUCAGUUUUAUAUUGGUAUUGGAAUAAAAACGUAAACAAUGGCCCACCAAACUUAUUUUGAGCUU